CUCCAAGCAGGAAUGAGUGAGGAGACAAAUUAUACAGUGGAGAUUUUGGCUCUCACUUCAAGAGUGAGAGAAAGCCUAGGCCCCACCCCGGCCUGAAUAUAAAGGGGUGUCCUGGGGUCCUGUUGCCCAGAGUCAGUCUGAGUUGAACUGGACAUUGAGCUGUCAACAUGGCUACCACUACCACUGUCAGACAGUACUCCACUUCUGGAUCCAUGUCAGGUGUCUGUGGACUGGGCGGCGGCUCUUCCCGAAUGUCUUCAGUUCGGGUUGGGGGGGCCUGCCUGGCUCCAAGUCUCCUGGGGGCCGGCAGCUGUGGGAAUAUGUCGGUCACAUCAUCCCGCUUUACCUCCAGCUUGGGGAGCAGCUAUGGCGGCGGCUACGGCAGUGGCUACACCUGCAACCUGGGAGGGGGUUUUGGCUCUAGCUAUAGCGUAGGGGAUGCCCUUCUGGGAGGGAGCGAGAAGGAGACCAUGCAGAACCUCAACGACCGCCUGGCCUCCUACCUGGACAAGGUGCGUGCCCUGGAGGAAGCCAACACUGACCUGGAGCUGAAGAUCCGGGACUGGUACAAGAAGCAGGGCCCGGGGCCUGCCCGGGACUACAGCCCUUACUUCAAGACCAUUGAGGACCUGAGGAAUAAGAUCCUGGCUGCCACCAUCGACAAUGCCAGCUUGGUCCUGCAGAUUGACAAUGCCCGACUGGCUGCGGAUGAUUUCCGUACCAAGUAUGAGACUGAGCUGAACCUGCGUAUGAGUGUGGAGGCUGACAUCAAUGGCCUGCGCAGGGUGCUGGAUGAGUUGACCCUGGCCAGGGCUGACCUGGAGAUGCAGAUUGAAAACCUGAAGGAGGAGCUGGCUUACCUUAAGAGGAAUCAUGAGGAGGAAAUGAAUGCUCUUCGUGGCCAGGUUGGGGGGGAUGUCAAUGUGGAGAUGGAUGCGGCCCCUGGGGUGGACCUCAGCCGCAUCUUGUCGGAGAUGCGAGACCAGUAUGAGAAGAUGGCUGAGAAGAACCGCAAGGAUGCUGAGGACUGGUUCUUCAGCAAGACGGAAGAGCUGAACCGCGAAGUGGCCACCAAUACCGAAGCCCUGCAGAGCAGCAAGACGGAAAUCACGGAGCUGAGACGCACUGUCCAGAACCUGGAGAUUGAGCUGCAGUCCCAGCUCAGCAUGAAAGCUUCCCUGGAGGGCACCCUGGCUGAGACAGAGGCUCGCUAUGGUGCCCAGCUGGCCCAGCUCCAGGGCAUGAUUAGCAGCAUUGAGCAGCAGCUGUGUGAGCUCCGCUGUGACAUGGAGCGCCAAAACCAGGAGUACAAGAUUCUGCUGGACGUGAAGACCCGGCUGGAGCAGGAGAUUGCUACCUACCGUCGUCUGCUGGAGGGAGAGGACGCCCAUCUGGCUUCUCAAUAUUCUUCUGCUCUGAGCUCCCAGUCUGGCCGAGAUGCCAUGGUGACCAGCCGCCAAGUGCGCACCAUUGUGGAGGAGGUCCAGGAUGGGAAAAUAGUGUCUUCGAGGGAGCAGGUCCACCGCUCCACUCACUAAGCCUGCAGCUGGCACCUUGCUGGGCAACAUGGAGAAGGGGGGGUAUUUCCUUUAUCACCAUGGCAGGGGAUCCCUGUCAGGGUCUUGUUCUCUGAGCUAACAUUUUCCUACAUUGGCUUUUUGCUGCCUCAUUUCCCUGAAACUCCAUAUUCUAUUAAAUCAUAUUCUAUUAAAGCUUUU